CAAGCUCAGGAAAUGACAAAAAUCAGUCAUCAAAGUCUUCCAGCUCUGGAAGUGACAAGAAUCAGUCAUCAAAGAAUAACAAAAAUCAAUCAUCCAGCUCAGAUAAUAAAACAUCAAAAUCUAAUGAAACUCAUCAAAAUCUUAAAAAUUCCACAAAAGAACAUGUAAAUGACAAAGACUAUAAUAAUAAGAGCAGUGGAAAAUCCGAAAAGGAAGGUAACGAUAAAAACAAAAACACAAAGGAUUCUUCAAAAGGUGGAAAGAACGAUAGUGGACAUUCAAAAGGAAACAACAAAGGAAAUAAUAUUCCAGACGAAAAAAAAUCGGGCAAAAAAACUACAGCAUUAGACAUAUUAAAUAAUAAAGGUUUUAUAAAAGAUUUAGUUAAUUACACUAAGAAAGUGAUGUCUGAAAGAGAUUUUGAUUUGCUCGUAAAUACGGACAUAUUCUUGACCAUUUUUAAAGAAGAUUAUGAAGCUUUAGCUGAAGUCGCAGAAGACAAUGAUGAUUGGGAGAAAUAUAUCAAAUCAGCUAUAGAAAAUUUCUAUCUUGAAUUUAACAAGAUCUAUUACAACUUGGUACACUUACAGUCAGAUAAUAGCACUGAAAUAGAUAAAUAUAACAAGGCUUAUGAUUUGGCUAUGUUCUUGUUCGCAUCGAGGAAACAUUUUAAUGCAGUAAAAAUGGCCGCUCCUGUCAGACGGAUUGCAGAUUUGAUUAAAAGCGUAAUUGGAGGCCCUAUAGAAAUGAUCCAGACCAGCUGUAAAAAAGAUAUGCCAGUAUGGCAAUGUAACAUAGCUUAUCUAUCCAAAUUGAUUGCUGCAGCGGAAUCCUGCCCUAACAUUUGGUAUCACUCUUUAGUGUUGGAAACAAUGCUGGAAUAUAAUCGGGCACAGACUUUGUCUAUUGGAGAUCCUAUUAAAAAAGCUUUGAGUCAUGUAAAGAAUAAAAAGAAAAGUCCUAAAGACGUAUCCCAAGUGUUGAAGGUAUUUGAAUUUGUCCAGAAGACGUUAUCAGAAACGAAGGAGUCUGCAAGAUAUUCUCUUCAAUUGAGAGCCAAAUUGUACCAAUUCAUAACUGAUUUGCAAAACGAUGGUAGCCUUGAUUGUAAUAAUAUUAGUACACCGCUAUACGUCUUUUAGAUGAAAUAAAAUGUAAUUUUUAA